AUGUAUGCUUUUGUUUAUGAUCACAAGAAUGAUGAUUACAAAUUGGUAAUUGCUGAAGAUCAUAAACAUGGUUCUUCCGUUUAUGCUUAUACAUUGGGAUCCAAUUCAUGGAAAACCGAUAUUGAGGUCCCUUAUCGUUUCUUUAAUGAUCGGAUAUCAGGGGUAUUUGUUAAUGGAUGGUUUCAUUGGUUAGCUGCCGAUAAAGGGUGCUGGCAAAGCAAACUCAUAGUCUCAUUAGAUAUCAGAGACGUGAGAUUUGAGGAGUUGGAACUGCCAAUGGAACUUAAGGAGGAGCAUGAACACUAUGGCAGGUUUAUUACAGAAGGAGUGUUGGAAGGGUGCUUAUGUAUACUCGCAGUCGAUACUGGUUAUAAUCAUCCUGGUCCAGUUGAAGUAUGGGCAAUGCAAGAUUAUGGAGUUCGAGAAUCUUGGACCAAGCGUUAUACUAUUAAGAAUGAGAUAAUAAUUAGGAUAAUCUAUCCUUGGUGUCCUACGAGGACUUUGAGUUUUAUAUGUUGUUUUAAGAAUGGUAAGAUUCUAUUCAAGACUUUUCUUGGUAAGUUGGUUUUGUAUGACCCAAAAGAUGGAAGUGCUGUUGAACGAGAUAUCAAAAGUAUAUGUAACUUAAGAUCAAAAGUGAUUUACACUGAAAGCUUAGUUUCAGUUAACUCUGGUAAUUACGUGAGGAAAGGUGAAAUUCAAGAACUAUUUGAAACAGAAGAUGCCUAA